CUCAACUUGCCUGCUUGGACCUCUGUGACGACUUGGACUUGAACCGCCACGUCGACCCCGAAUACGCCUACGACUACGACGACGACGAGUACUACGAUCUAAUAGCUUCUAGGAAAUCAUGAAAGUAGCGGGUGCAGCGCUUCCUGGGGUCUUUUUCUGCUUUGCAGCGAUGGUGCUGCUCAUCUUUGUGUCGGUGUCAGAACCGACAUGGGACAGAGUCUCCUUCCUCAAUGUGCGGAGAGAUAACGGGACUGUGCACUAUGGAUGCUUUGGGUACACGAACCAUCCAGUGGGUAUCGGGUAUUACUUCAGCAAUGACCGACUCAACUCGGGGAUCCUGCACAACCUCACGAAAACACUCAUCCUCCAUCCAAUCGCCGCUGGUCUCGCAGGUAUCGCCUUCUUCUUCGGCCUCUGCGGUCUCGCCUUCAGCCGCAUCGGGACGAUCUUCAUGUCCCUGGUCGCCGGCCUCGCAGUCCUCGUCACCCUCGUCGCCUGGGUUAUCGACAUGGUCCUCUUCGGUAUCGCACGACAGCGAUACAGAAACGAGGGUCUCUGGGCGCAGUAUGGCAAUGCGAAUUGGUUGACGCUGGGUGCGCUUGUGUCGCUUGUGUUGGGAUUCUGCACGGCGGCGAUUGGGUCGUUUGGGAGGUAUAGGAGGAAGAGGAGUGAUGUUGGUCGAACGACCUACUAAAUGGUGUUGGUUAUGUUUUCGACGACCCUUGACGACGUUUUGCGACCCCCCACGUUCUUCAAGUUGUGACAUCUGCUUUCUCGGCUUUUACUCUCCAUGCUUUCUCCUAACGACUCGCUGUUUUCACGAGUUACAGUCUCAGCUUUUGUCUUAACUAGAAUAUCCCCCCACCACACCCCUCCAGCCCAGUCAUUUUUUUUUCACUUGUUCAUCCCGACUGUUGGAAGUUUUCGAACGCUUUAUAGUUUUGCUUCAAGUUGUAUAAUGUCCUUUCGACUUCAUCCAUUCGUUUUCUUUUGUACUAGUAGUAAGUACUCAUGUCCUUUCAGACCCCUCACGCCCCGCCUUUAGUGUAGUAGUACUAUUGUUAAGUAUAGUGUAAUGUCAAUUGCUUCUGACGCCUCGUUUUAAUUUUCAACUUUGAUUUUGUGAGAGUGUGAGUACCAGAACGACAAGGAAGAGAAUCAGUUCAUUCUUAGAAGUACAGAGCAGAAAUUUAUGGAUUUGGUAACAAAUGCGUUUACUGAGCAGGAAUAGGAACUUCGCCAAGAGGGGUCAGCCUCAAGUUGUGCCUUCGAACAUCCUUGCCAUAGUCAGGAACAGCCGAAUGGUUCGUGACUCGGUUAUCCUAUUACAGACGUUAGCCAUCCACACCUACGCAGGCUUUGUGCACGGAAAACACUCACCCAGA